AUGAGAAACUAUCUCUGGUUUUCAUUUCUAUUAACACUUGUGUUUCUAACAAUUAAUGAAAUUCUUGCUGAGUCUCAACAACCCGAUAAAUUCAAGGAAGCACUCACAAUAAAACCGCUAUCUGACGGAAAAUUAUUAACUCAUUUUCAAUUCAGUGUUAAACAUUAUGGAUAUAAGGAGGGUGUAGCUUUUAGUCAUUAUAAUAUUUUCCCUCGCGCAAUUGGCCAAAUUUUCCAAACUUAUAAUGUUCGAGAAUUACAUUUAACGUUUACUCAAGGUCGCUGGAAUUAUGAAGAUUGGGGAUAUCCUUCUGUAUCAUCAGCUGGAACUGGAGUUGAGUUAUGGGCUUGGCUAUGGAAAGAUGGAAAAUUGGAUAAAAAUUGGAAGUCAUUGACAAACGCUCUUGCUGGCCUUUUUUGUGCAUCUUUAAAUUUUAUUGAUGAUACGAUUACAGUUCAACCUAAAUUAUCAUUUCGACCGGAAGGCUCAUUUAAUGCAACUGAAUUAACUGAGAGGGCUGAAUUAAGAUAUGGUUCUCUACCUCACGAAAACGUUUGUACUGAGAACCUGACGCCUUGGAUUAAACUUCUCCCAUGCAAAUCCACAUCUGGUAUAGCGUCACUUCUGAAUGGACACAAGUUGUAUGAUUCGAAUUUUCAUUCAAUGUCAAUCCACGUUCGGCCGUCAUGUGAGGAGCCUGAUUGUAUAAACCAGCAAUUAGAAAUUAUCCAAACCGUAUCAACAGUCAUAGAUCCAGUUCGUAAUUCAGGAAAAAGAGAUUGGUCAUUAAACAAGGUCUUUGGCCGUCGACUUUCGCAAGCUUGCCCAUUAGCGGAAGAAAGUAAUCUUGAAAUAAUAUUACCAGAACACGAUGAUUAUAAAAUAACUCCAGAUGCAGAUGAUAUAAUUCAAAGAAGUAUGGGUGAUACCGAUGGUGAUGUUGAAAGGAAGAUUGCACCAAAUACAGAACUUUCAAUGAGAUGGAAUGAAGAACAAUUUGAAUAUAAUUUUAAUCCUGUUCAGCCACGAAUUUUUGCACAUCGAUUUUUUACAGGCUAUGGUCAAGAAAGAGGUGGAAUAAAAGUUAAUAUAUUUAACAAAAGUCCAAAUACCUCUAUACCCAUAAUAUAUUAUGAUGUUAUACCCUGGUAUUUGAAGUUAUAUCUGCACACAUUCAAAGUCCAGAUAAAUGGGAAGAAUACAAAACUUGAUGCAGAUAAUCCUAUUAAAGAUCUAUACUACCAACCAGCAGUGGACAGGUCCCGGCCAAAUGUUAUUGAAGCUGAGAUGUUAUUACCACCAAACUCACUAACAGCAUUAUCAAUAAAAUUUGAUAAAGUAUUUUUAAAAUAUACAGAACAUCCACCUGAUGCUAAUAGAGGAUUUGAUAUUGGAAGCGCGAUUAUUUCUACAGGAAAGAUUGAUGAUGAUUUUUUGAGUAAUUCGACAAACAUGCCACUUGCAACAAAAAAAUCACUAGUGGAAUAUAUGCAUUUUCCAAUUCGUAUAUAUACAGAAACAUUAUUAAUUAGUUUGCCAACUCCAGAUUUUAGUAUGCCGUAUAAUGUUAUAACUUUAACAUGUACAGUUAUCGCGUUGUUUUUUGGAAGUAUGUUUAAUUUAAUAACUAGAAGCUUUGUGGCAUUAGUUGAUGUUGGAAAAGAAAAAGCUGAGAAAAAACUUGAUAUUGACGAAAGUAAUGUGCAGAAAGGGGAGAAAAGUGAAACUAAUGAGGAAAAAACUAAACUAGAGGCAGAACAAACAAUUGCUGAUAAUUGA